UAUUUCUCAUCAUCGAGAUGUGGUUGAAAGCCUUCCGACGUCCGUCAAAGUCCAGGGCUUUCAUGCUCGUUUCGUUGAAACACAUGGCCCUGGCCUGCAACCUUUCUUGAUGUCUUCAACUGAGGAAGGUCACACAGAGGAGGAGACAACAGAGCCAGCAGGUUUAAGAGAGGAAAAUGCUAAGAUGUCCUUGUUAACGUCUGGACCGAAGGAAGAUGAAGCGUCGCCACCUAGUGUUUCGGAUUCGGAGGAGGGAACAGCAAAUCCAUCAACUACAAAAAUGGAAAAUGGUAUCAGCAUUAUUGAAAAUGCUCCUCAAGUGCAAAAUGCUAAUGGCAGUUUUACUGCUGUGUGCCGUAGUAACAGAAGUGAUAAGAUGUCCGCAUUAGAAUCUGGAGAAAAUGAAGUUGUGGAAGUACCUUUGGACUCGGCUUGUGAGAGUAUCUCAAAGAGUCCUGUACAGAAGGAUGUUGGUCCUUCAUCUAGGCCUGUAGAUCAAAAAGGAAGAAAUACAGUAAAUGGACAAAUAGAAGGUUCAUACCAUGAAAAUUUGAGUUCUUCACCACACAGUGACAGAGCAUCAAAAGUAUAUCUAAAAGAAGAAUUACGGCAAGAUACGCAAAAGUUUAAGAAUGAGGUAGACAUGUUAUAAGUCGAAUUACUGUCUGUGGAGAAAGAAAAAGGUCUGCUUGAAAAAGAGAUUUCUCAUAGCCAAGAAAGAGAAAAAGAUCUACUCCAUAAGAAUCGCAUGUGGCAGGAGGAACUUGCCAUGGUGAGAAUGGAGAGAGACAAAAUUAAAAGUCAGAAUGAAGAAAAUGAAAAGAAAUAUCCAAA